CACGAGAGCAAGGACACUAUGGGAUACAGAAGGUUUUCCAUGAGGUUUUCCAUGAACAUCGUCUUUCUUGGUUGGUACUUCAGGAUGGUGGAUGGCUGGUCAGUGGGUGAUAUCUAGAGCACCUUAUCUCAAGCCUUCAGUUUCUAUGCGCUCAAGUGAGGGAGUUAUAGUGGGAGGAAAUAUCACCAUCCAUUGUAAGAAUGAAGGCCAACAACAUGCCGAAUUUUCUCUGUGCAAACUAAAAGGUUCCUCUUGGGACUGUCAGGAUGCAAAGAAGGCAGAGCAAAAUGAGGUUAUGUUUACCAUUUUCAAUGCCAAUCAGUCAAAUGCAGGGAUCUACAAAUGUGUGUAUUGCUUCAAAGAAAACAGCUAUAGAGAACGAUGUUCCGAUUACAGUGAUGAAAUACAUAUCUACAUAAGAGAUCCCAGACUUUCGAAACCCUCCAUCAAGUUGAGAUCCAAGGAACAGCUUGCCUCAGGCCUGAAUGUCACCAUUGAAUGCCAGGGGCCAGAAACUGCUCUGAACUACUCUUUAUACAAAUCCAGGGUCCUGAGAACAUCACAUCUGGCACAGCCAGGUAGAGACCGAGCAGAAUUCUCUUUCUUUAUAGAAAAGAUGGAGGAUGCAGCUGAUUAUACCUGCCAGUACAAUAAUAAAGAAAAGCCUUUUGUCUGGUCAGAGCCAAGUGAUCCUGUGGAGCUCGUACCAAGAGUACCACCCCUGACAAUCAUAUGGGCAAGCUGUGCUGCAGGCCUUCUCCUGGUUCUUCUCCUGUUGUUGUUUGCCUUUGUAUUGUACCGGAAAAGGAGAAAGGACUCCACUGUCAAGGAAAGAAACCAGCCAGCAAACAUGCCCCUGGAACCUUAUAACAGCACAGACGGUGAUGGGGCUGCCUGUGAAGCACACCAUGAUGAAGUCACCUAUGCUAUACUUGAUCAAAACUCCCUGAAAACUGAGCGGGCGGCUGUUUCGGAUAGACCCUCUGAGUCCAGCAUCUAUGCAUCAGUGACCAAAGACAGACUCAGGAAGGGCCAAUAAGCAGGAUAUCUCCAGGAUAUGGGUAUUUUGGGGGCCCUGGUGUAACUUUAGGUUCCGUGUUAAGGUUGGUUGGUUCACUAAUUUCCCUAAUCACAUACAUUCUGUAUGUGACUGCACAGAAAAAUAUAAACCAAGUAGAAUACAGAGACUGACAGCAGUCACAAAGGUGGUCAGAUUAAGGCAAUCACUAUAGCUAGAGACAAGCAUAUAUGAUAUAUAAUAUUGAUUUAUAUGCAGCAUUUAUCG